AUGUCUAUAACGCCACAGAUUGAGCGUGAUGGUUAUAAAAAGAUGGCAUCACCACUAAAAGCAUUCUCCCGAUCGGGUGGAUUACUCAAAAUGGCAUCUGAGCAAUUGGGUGAGAUGCCAAAGGAAGUAAUGAUAGUGUGUGCACCCAAAGAAAUCGCGUUGAUCUGGGACAAGUUACCUGAAGCUCUACAAAACGAUGUGGAUAUAUUAAAAUAUCAAUAUUGUGGCGAACAUUACAAUGAAGAAGUUUGGAAUAACUGUGAUGUAGCUGAUGGACCCGCCCCGAGAGGAUUAUUUUGUUGUUACUGCAAGACAGAUGAUGUAAAGAUAACCACGAAAAAUUCCACACAGUCAACUGAAAGACGUGGAAGACGACAAAGCCUUAACGAUCUAGCUUCGGAUAAAACAAGCCGAUAUGGAUUGGCUCUUCUCGGAUUUCACACAUACAACUCUAUUUUCAUCGUUGACGAAAGCAACAAUGCCUUUGAAUACAGUAAAAAAGAUAGUGCCAAAAUUUCGCGUCUAACUAUUCCUCCUGGAGCAUACGAAAUCGUUGAAAUCGAGCAUGGUAUAAUUGCAGCGUUGCGAGCAUCCUCGAAAGAUGAUGAUACUAAUCUAUUUUCGCUGAAAGCCAAUAACAAUACAUUGAAAUGCGAAUUGAAAUCCAAGCUCAAUAUCGAUUUCGGCGUAUCGAAUAGUAUCGGUAAGAUGUUAGGAUAUGAGAGUGACCAGCUGGAAAGUGGUAAUAUCACCUCGGGAGCAUACCUGAACUCUCGCGAGUGUCACACAUUAUUCGAAUUUGACAUAGAAGUUGAACCCGGUUACAAAAUUACAAAAGAACCUCAAAACAAUAUUUAUUUGCCCAUAAAGCCUGAAGGACGUCAGUUCAUCGACAACAUCACAUUGCGCAUCUUGGAUGAUAACGGUCACCUCAUAGACUUUCGAGGAGAGAAAAUUAUUGUGAAAUUGGAAUUGAAGAAAAUUGUUCCCAAAGAUCCCGCUAAAAAGUGCUGCCUAUCCAAUAAUGCCCUAGCCUUUCUGUUCGACGAAAUUCGAUAUGAAAUGGGUGGUGAGCAUGUAACAGUUGUUCGAAAACCUGGAAUUACAACGGCCCUUAAAACAAUGGUGUCAUUUGGUGCUUCACAGUUGAAACACCUGCUAGCUUGUGGUUGUGGGCUGGCUGAAGAUAAACAGCAUCUCAUCGAUUCCACAAGUCACGUGUUUUCUGGUAAAUUGCCUCUAAAGUAUUUAAUGGGUUUUGCCGAGGACUAUACGAAGAGAAUCUUCAACGUCAAGCAGGAGAUUAUAUUGAUAAUUGCUCGUACCUUCGCCAACUGUUAUAUCGGUGAAGUGGAAGGAGACAUCACACUCGACAAAAUUGAAUGGAAAAUUCGUCAUAUCAUUCCCAUCGAUAAUCAUAAGUUGAAAAUAAUGUCACGCAUGAAUAAGGGGGGCCAAAGUAUCAAUAUUCAAAUGGCUUACCGCAAAUGGGACCUUUACGAACUUCCUACUUUGCAUGAGACUUCAGCCGAUAUUUGGACUUUAAGAACUAGCAACAGUUUGGAGCGACCACGCUUUCUUAUCAUCGGUUUCCAAAAAAACGAGAAUUGUGAUGAGAAAGAAAAAUACGCCACAGAAUUUACUACGGCUGAUGUGAGCGACAUUCGCUUAUACCUGAAUUCCUCGGUAUAUCCAUAUGAAAGAUGGAAUCUAGAAUUUUCAAAGAAACUGUAUGCGCCAGCAUAUUACAACUUAGAAAAUUUCCAAAGCAGUUACUAUGGACGUGAGAUGAACGAGCCAAUGUUCGAUUUUGCAGAAUCACGUGUGAAUUGGGUGGGCGUUAGUUUGUACUUGAGAUGUAUAAGAGUGUGGGGUGGUGGUAUCGACAUUAUAAUAUUGAAACGUUUGACUGAGAAGUCAUUCCUAUCACCGUCAUCAUCAUCAUCAUCAUGGCACAACCUGAAAGACCUUGCCGAGACGGAGCGUAACUAUGACGAUAGGGAUUUUUUACCAAUGAUGCAAGACUUGCGGGACAUGGAGGACUUGCAGGAUGAAGAAGAUGCUCGUAGUCGAGUGGAGCCGGACUCGAGCAACGACUGGCCGGAACCAGUUCCGAAACCGGAAGAUUGCUCAGGUCCCGCAGACUCAACUACUGGGUGA